AUGUCAAGUUGGUCUAGAUUUUCUCCUUCUGAGCUUGACCUUGCUGAAGAACAGUUAAAAUUAUUUUCAGGCAUAGAGAUAACAACCCGAAUAAUUCCAGUAGGAAAUGGGCAGCAUCUUUAUUCUUCCAUCUGUGGAGAUCCUUCUAAUCCACCAUUAAUUUUAUUGCAUGGAUUUUGUGGAGCUGGAAUGAUUUUUUAUAAAAUUCUCUCUCAACUUGCAUCUCUCUACUAUAUCUAUCUUGUGGACUUAUUAGGAAUGGGAAGAUCAUCUCGCCCAAAUUUUACGGCAACUUCUAUAUCUGAUUCAGAAGACUUUUUCGUCGAGCCCUUAGAGAACUACAGACGAGAACUCGGUUUGGAGAAAUUCAUUUUAAUUGGGCAUUCUUUUGGAGGGUAUAUAGCCGGUUGUUAUGCUGCUAAGUAUCCUCACUCCCCCCCUCCGUAAGCGAACAAAAAUUUUUCAAUAGAAAAAAUUUUUAUGGAAAAAAAAUUUAUAUAUAAAUGAUCAUUAAAUCUCUAGCUAAUUCUGUUUAAUUUUAAAAAUUGCGCUUUAAAACAUAAAUUUUUACAAAUUAAUUAAUAUAUUUUAAAAUUUCGAAAAAAUUUUUUUUUCUAUAAAUUAAGCUCCUGCAUGAGCGAACAAAAUUUUUUUGUUCGCUCACGGAGGGGAGGAGUCAGUAUAUACAAUCUUUAAUAUUUUUAUCACCUGUCGGCAUAUCUGAGCAGCCGCCUGGAUAUAAUUAUCUUUAUACACUGGAAAGUAAGGAUUGAAAGUACCGUUGGGCUAUGAAGUUUCUGGUCUUCUUUUGGACGAGAAAUGUGACGCCUACUAGCAUUAUGAGAAAAGCUGGGCCAUUUUCAGGAAAGCUUCUAGAAUUGUACUCGAUACGCAAAAUAAGCAAAAUCCCACAAAGCGAGCUGAGGAGCUUAGAGAGAUAUUUAGAGCAGAUUAACUUGCUCCCUGCAAGCGGGGAAUUAGCCCUGCUUUAUUUAUGCUAUCCAGGCGCGUGAGCAAAAAUGCCAUUAUGUAAGAGAGUAAAUAAUUUGAAAAUCCCUAUAGGAUUCCUUUUUGGAGACAAAGAUUGGGUAAGCACUAGAGGAGCUGAGCAACUAAGAGAGCAGCAUCCUAGCUCGAUAAGAAUCAAAACAAUAUCAGACUCAGGCCAUCAUUUAUACUGGGACAAUCCACGGGAGACUAUACAACAAAUAACAGAAAUGCUAACUCAAUCUUUGCAGAAAGUAUGAGGAUAAGGUAAAAAUUUUUUAAAUAUUACAAAUAAAUUUAUUUGAUUAUAUGCAAUUUUGCAAUAAUAGGGAACUUUUUAUAGGGGAUGAAAUUUAACUAUGAAAAAUUUUAUAUAGAAUCGCUCGACCAAGAUAGGUAGUAAGCGAAUUUGAGAGAAUUAGCAAACUAGAACAUACGUGUGAAGCCUAA